ACGGUCAAUUUGUGUUUGGACGUGAAAGAAGCCGCUUUGAUCGCUUCUUGUUUCAUUCCCGAAGGAGAAACUUUUCGACAAGUUUUUCUCGAUUUCAUUAUCGUUCCUCUCUCGUUAAACGACAAAAAAACCCAUUUAAAAUGCGUGAGUGUAUUUCCGUACACGUUGGUCAAGCCGGAGUCCAGAUCGGUAAUGCCUGCUGGGAACUGUACUGUUUGGAACAUGGAAUCGCUCCGGACGGCCAAAUGCCCUCCGACAAAACCAUCGGCGGUGGAGACGACAGCUUCAACACUUUCUUCAGCGAGACUGGAUCCGGCAAACACGUGCCCAGAGCUGUGUUUGUAGAUCUUGAGCCGACCGUAGUCGAUGAAGUCAGAACCGGAACGUACCGUCAGUUGUUCCACCCCGAACAAUUGAUCACUGGCAAGGAGGAUGCCGCCAACAACUACGCUCGUGGACAUUACACGAUCGGAAAAGAAAUCGUCGAUGUCGUUUUGGACAGAGUCAGGAAAUUAGCAGACCAGUGCACCGGUCUUCAAGGUUUCUUGAUCUUCCACUCGUUCGGAGGCGGCACCGGAUCCGGAUUCACCUCGUUGUUGAUGGAAAGACUGAGCGUCGACUACGGAAAGAAAAGUAAAUUGGAAUUCGCCAUCUACCCCGCGCCUCAAGUGUCCACGGCCGUUGUCGAGCCUUACAACUCGAUCUUGACCACGCACACCACUCUCGAACACAGCGACUGCGCGUUCAUGGUCGACAACGAAGCCAUCUACGAUAUCUGCCGUCGUAAUCUCGACAUCGAACGUCCGACCUACACCAACCUGAACCGUCUCAUUGGUCAAAUUGUGUCGUCCAUCACGGCUUCUCUGCGUUUCGACGGCGCCCUCAACGUCGACCUGACCGAGUUCCAGACCAACUUGGUGCCGUACCCACGUAUCCAUUUCCCCUUGGUCACGUACGCUCCGGUCAUCUCUGCCGAAAAAGCGUACCACGAACAAUUGUCGGUGUCCGAAAUCACAAACGCCUGCUUCGAACCGGCCAACCAAAUGGUGAAAUGCGACCCGCGCCACGGCAAGUACAUGGCUUGUUGCAUGUUGUACCGCGGUGACGUUGUGCCCAAGGACGUGAACGCCGCGAUCGCUUCGAUCAAGACCAAGCGGACCAUCCAGUUCGUCGACUGGUGUCCCACUGGCUUCAAAGUGGGAAUCAACUACCAGCCUCCCACCGUCGUGCCGGGCGGCGACUUGGCCAAGGUGCAACGUGCCGUGUGCAUGUUGUCCAACACCACGGCCAUUGCCGAGGCCUGGGCCAGGUUGGACCACAAGUUCGACCUGAUGUACGCCAAACGCGCUUUCGUCCACUGGUACGUCGGAGAGGGUAUGGAAGAAGGUGAAUUCUCCGAGGCCCGUGAAGACUUGGCCGCUUUGGAAAAGGACUACGAAGAGGUCGGCAUGGACUCCGUGGAAGGCGAAGGUGAAGGUGGCGAAGAAUACUAAGUCGCUCGAUCGUUCCUGAUUUUCAUCCACAACAGCUUUUCGCUUGAUCACACACACAAAAAAAAAAUAGUCGUUAACAAACUCCUAAUUAUUAUUAUUAUUUUUUUAUACAAACAUUUUUUUUUAGAGUUUUUGAAUUAAAGAAAAAGCAGCACCUGAAUUAUAAA